AUGGAAGAAACCGAGGACACUACCGCAGCUAUGGCACAGGCCAUGGGCUUUUCAAGCUUCGGGGCUCAACCAAACUCGAACAAGCGACGCAAGUUCAAUCCUCGUGCAGACGCUGUGGUUGCGUCGACGUCUACUUCUAUGCCUCUUCACAUCAGUGAAGCGAAGUCGGGUUCCAAUGCGAUCCCCUUAGGAGUUAGAUCGAAGAAUGAAAACCAAAUCACGCUUGAAGAUGACGAAGGGGUCAACAUUACGGACGGCAAAAUAUAUUCCCCUCUUAAUGACCAGGGUGAUGAUGAGCCGGGGCCUCAGUAUUUGGACACUUCACGCCCGCCUGAUAUAGCCGUGGUUGAUCCAACCGGUGAUGCUAUGUCUAACACCAAAAUUGACGCUACAAUCGAGGGGUAUCCGGGAUAUAUUGUAGGGGCCGAGUCAUUAACAGCGAGUACCAGCGGAGAUUUUACCAGUCGAGAUAGUGAUGGUCGUGGCAGUUAUCAAGCCAAGCAGAGUCGGGGGCACGAGCUAGGGAAGAAAUGGUGGGAUGAUUACUAUGAUCCGAGUUCGAACACCAAUCCUUGGGAACGGCUGGAGUAUACCAAGGGCAUGGGACCGAGGGGAAGUUGGAUGUCCUGGGAGGCAGCUAAACGAUGA